AUGUCCAUGAGAAGUAGCAUAGACUCACCGAUGAUUAAAUCCCAACAUCAAACAGAUAUUGUGCUACGAGAAGGCGACCCCCCCAGUAAUGGCGGUGGUUUUAAGGGUAAAAAGCCGUUGUUAAAUAGGGUGACAUUAGGUACGAAGAGGAUCAAGAAGUACCGAUUUAUUAGAAAAUGGCUGCUUCCCGAUGUUAUCUUGGGUCUGAUUUUGAUUGUCUUGAAUAUUCCAUGCUAUUACUUUAAGCCGUUUGAACGUCAAUUUACAAUUAACGACAUUUCUAUCUCCCAUCCUUUCGCAACGCAGGAACGGGUAUCAGACAAGGGCUUGGCAAUUUAUUCUUUGGUAAUUCCCAUUAUCGGUAUAAUAGUUAUUUCCUUAGUGCUUUCUGACCCUAGACAUAGGUAUUUCAUGCUCUACGUGUCGCUAUUAGGCCUAUGUAUGUCGUAUUUGUCCGCCAUGCUGGUUACGAACUUCGCCAAAAACUGGUUUGGGCACUGUAGGCCAGAUUUCUUGGCCAGGUGUAUUCCCCGCGAAGGUCUUCAAAAUGACGUUCUUUACACUGCCCAAGAAGCCUGCACUACAGAUAACCGUUCCAGGCUUCUAGACGGGUUCCGCAGUACUCCUUCAGGACACACUAGUUUAAGCUUGGCAGGCCUUGGCUACCUGUUCUUGUGGGUAUCCGGCCAAUUACUCACAGCGCGUACCAGUGUAGGCUCCUGGAGAAAGGCGGUCUCUUUUGUUCCACUUUUGGGUGCAACCUAUAUUGGCCUUUCUAGAACGCAGGACUACAGGCACCACCUUCUUGACGUUUUAUUGGGUGCUAUCUUAGGCGCCUGGAUGGCUUGGUGGUGGUAUAGGAGAUUUUUCCCUGCUUUGGAUUCAAGGCUUCCAUUCAAGCCACUAUUGGAUGACAGCGCAGUGGAUAUUGACGACGAUGAGGUUGCAUUGCCAAGAGCAGACGAAGAGAUGGCCGUUCACACAAUCGCACAAUGA